GGGGCGGGUUGCGGCACCGGCGGAGCCUUCCUCGCCGAGCCGCGCCGGGCCCGGCCCGCUCCCCCGCGGGAGGGACGGAGAGCCGCGGAGCCGGGACGCGCCGGUGGCCGCCGCCCGGCCCCCCCCGAGGCCGCCGCCGGGAGGAGGGAGCGGCGGGGAGCGGGGCUCGGCGCUGCCCGCCCGCUGGCUGUGCCUCGGCCGAGCAUGCACUGACUCGCCGCCUCGGCUCGGAGCCAUCCCCGCCGCCGGGGUGCGCGUUGCAUGGUGUGGGGAUACACGGUCUCGAUAAUAAAUGAUAGAGGAUACAAUGACUUUGCUGUCUCUGCUGGGUCGGAUCAUGCGUUACUUCUUGCUUAGACCGGAGACCCUGUUCUUGCUGUGCAUCAGCCUGGCCCUGUGGAGUUAUUUCUUCCACACGGAUGAGGUGAAAACCAUUGUUAAGUCCAGCAGGGAUGCGGUGAAGAUGGUGAAGGGCAAGGUGGCCGAAAUCAUGCAGAAUGACAGGCUCGGGGGGCUAGACGUGCUGGACGCAGAGUUCUCCAAGACCUGGGAGUUCAAGAGCCACAACGUGGCUGUCUACUCCAUUCAAGGCCGGAGGGAUCACAUGGAGGACAGGUUCGAAGUAAUCACUGACCUGGUGAACAAGACUCACCCCUCCAUCUUCGGGAUAUUUGAUGGGCAUGGAGGAGAGUCAGCAGCAGAAUAUGUGAAGUCCCGCCUGCCUGAAGUCCUGAAACAACAUCUUCAAGACUACGAGAAGGACAAGGAGAACAGUGUGCUGUCCUAUCAAACCAUCCUGGAACAGCAGAUUUUAUCAAUUGAUCGAGAAAUGCUGGAAAAAUUGACUGUAUCCUACGAUGAAGCAGGUACCACUUGUUUGAUCGCCCUGUUGUCAGAUAAAGAACUCACCGUGGCCAACGUGGGUGAUUCGCGGGGAGUCCUGUGUGACAAGGACGGCAAUGCUAUCCCCUUGUCACACGAUCACAAGCCCUACCAACUGAAAGAGAGGAAGAGGAUUAAAAGAGCUGGUGGUUUUAUCAGCUUCAAUGGCUCCUGGCGCGUUCAGGGGAUCCUGGCCAUGUCCCGCUCGUUAGGAGAUUACCCUCUGAAGAACCUGAACGUUGUCAUUCCCGACCCCGACAUCCUUACCUUUGACCUGGACAAACUGCAGCCAGAGUUCAUGAUCUUGGCGUCGGAUGGUCUGUGGGAUGCUUUCAGCAACGAGGAAGCUGUCCGAUUCAUCAAGGAACGCUUGGAUGAACCACACUUCGGUGCAAAGAGCAUAGUUCUACAGUCCUUUUACAGAGGAUGUCCUGAUAAUAUAACAGUGAUGGUGGUGAAGUUCAGAAAUAGCAGCAAAACAGAAGAACAGUAAUUACCGGUGGCUCCCUGCCUCACUCUGAACUGAAAACAAACUCUUACAUUUUAAACAUAGUAGAAAGCUCUAGUAAAUACCGUUAAGAUUCUACAUAAAAGGAACAGAUCCCUCUGGUCUUUGUUCUUCGCUUAACAAAAGGAGCAAUACAACAGAUACACUCUGAGUGAUUAUAAGAAUUAAGUUUGUUCACAUAUACCUGUUUCCUGUGACCUUGCUGCUCCUUAGAAACUAACUGUAAUCUUCCAUUUCAGAAUUUGCUUUCCAAACCCUCUGUAGACUUUUCAUUUGAUUCCUCACCUCUCAUUUCUAAUAGUCAAAGGUUCGUUCAGAUGCACAGCAGGGUCGGGGCAGUGCUGCCGCUUAAUAGCAAGUGAUAGGAAUGAUGCUGCUUUUCACUCGUAGGUGUGACUCUUCAGAAUGAUGCUCUCGUGUUUCUCAUCUCUUUUCUUUUUUAAUCUGCAGUGAUAAGGUUCUAUAGGAAAAGGUUAGCGAUUAUUGGCCUGUUACUGAUAGGAAGGAGGAAGAGGAGCCAACUAUUAUCCUGCUACCACAGAACUGGCUCUCUCGCUUUGUUUAACCUCCCCCCCUGAAAUCAAUUCUUGCCAGGCAUGUGAUGAGGUGUAGUUACCGAAUUACCUGAAGCCACAUGUUUAUUCAGUCUGUGCAUUACUCUCAUAACAUUUCUUCUAUGCCAUAUUGUAUUCAAACCAACUAACGUUAAGCUUCCACAAAAUACUUUGAGGUCUGACACCUUCUAUAUUAAAAAAUAGCUCUGUCGUGAUGGAAGAAUGUCUGUCACUCACCAAGACUCAUCCUUACAUUAGAUUUUUGGCAUGGAUGUUUCAUAGGCAUGUAAAGAAAGGAAUGCAAGAUAAAAUUAAUUUCGUUAGUGACUGUUUGGAAAUCUAAUCCAAACAGGGCAUUCCUUAGAGCUACUCAGAUGGAAGUCAAGCCUAUUAAAGACUUCUGUGUAGCACUGCAGAUUAAUUUGUGGUGUUAAUCCGGGGGAAGACCACUUUCGAACAGUUUUUUGGUAUAAUAUAUAAAUGCCAGGCAGUGUCAUUGCACUGUAGAGGCAAAAGCUUGCGUUAAAUCUAGAUAAAAAUGCAUUUAGCUCUAACGUUCAGUAUUUCAUUGUAUUUUGGAACCUGUGACUCCUGUAAGUUUGGCCAACGGCAGUCGGAGUUUGCUCGCCAUCUGCUAACUGCGCCGGCUGCUUCACAACGCAGAGGCAGCGUGGCAGGGCCCCCCGUGAGCCGGGGGAGCAGAGCCAGGGCCCGAGCCGGGGGCGCGUUUUGGGCGCCUUCCUCACCCGCAUCGUGUCGUACAACAGUCCCUGGGACUCCCUGCUGGCAAAGCGCGGUCCUGGACGAUCCGCUGAAGUCUCCCGUCUUGAAGGCGAUGGGGGUUGUCAGUAUUCGGGUCCUGAGGUGAAUCAGGGAUAUAAUGCAGUAACUAACCUUGGCUGUGUCUCGGAUAAAGGUACGAUGUAACUUCGUUUAAAAGCGACCCGUUUUCUCGUCGCCCACCUACAGCAUUUUGGGGCAAGUGGCUUUGCUGGGCCCUAAAACGCUGUGAUGUGUUGUGGUCGUGCUGAGCAGCUGUGGCGUCUCUGAAGACAAAACUGAAAGAGCACAAAUUCCGCUUUCUGCUCGAGAAGGAACUCCCAUCUUAGUCUUUCCGGUUUUGUUCCUAGGUUAUCUCUUCCCCGACACACUUCUCUCCUUGUUUAGAGAUAAUCACAGCUCUUAAUUGGCUCUGUUGCAAUGACCAGUGCUAUUCAAAGCGUACACAAGUCCUUUAGCAGCCUCUGCUCAUCCCAGACUCUGGGUAGAGCCCCUUGACUCGGAGCAAUAGAAAAGUGAAAAGCAUGAAAGUGUCCGGCAUCCUCUGAAACCAGCAGGCAGGUCCUUCCCCGGAGGAUGGAAGGUUUCAGACUUUUUAAAUCUCGUGAACAGUGAAUUUUAAAAUGCAACUGUGCAGUUAAAUCGAGCGGCUAACUGGAAAUGUUAAUAAUUGCAGAGUGCUUCAGUUAUUUUAUUUUGAAAAGGUAUUUGAGGUCAGAGGGCUGUGAAAUGAAAACCUUGUGUGAUACUUUCACGGGAGUGCUUAAUCAUGGGCUCCGUGAUGCUAGAGCAGCAGUAUGGAAACCGUGCUCCAGGCAGAGCUCCUGGUGCAUGCGGGGUUUGCCUUUCCUUUCUCCUUCACAGAUGAUGUUUCCGUUGUACCGGCUUGUCUCUGUAGGACACAGCCUGGAGGUUUGUCAGAACAGCUGCCCAGGGAAAAGAAGAAGAGCAGAGACAUCACUACUAAUCCUUCACAAGUUAGAACUGGAACACUGGUCAGCUCCAAAAAAAAAAAAUAAAAUGUUGUAGACUCUUGCCACUCUUGAGCGAAAAGCUGACGGCUGCGGCUCCCGUCGCGGAGGGACACCCCAGCUCCUGCCCAGCACAGCCCGCUCGCUGGUCGCUCCCGCCCUCGAGGCGGUGGGGAAGAUGAGGUGGCAGGAGUCGUACGCCUUCGCGGAGUCCGGCAGCAGCCGUGAGGAAGCAGCGGGAGGGUGGCUCGCUCUGGAAGCGAGCCAUGCUCACAGGAUUUAGGAAAGCAGGUAGCGCAACGCAGCGCAGAACUGUUUGGCAGACUUGGUUGGAUAUUUACUGCAGGAUUUAUUUGCUCUGUCACUCCCAGGCCCAACCAGCCUUACUUGAACCUUCAAGAGUCUGCCAUUGCAACAACAGUUGUUGAGCACCAUUCCAGUAGCUCCCCUUCCUGGCCAAAGGCAUUCAUGCCAAUGAUCUCUGGUAAACUUGUUGACUUUCGGUUUUAUUACUUAAAAAAAAUAGUUACAGCUACUUUAGGUUUAAAGAUGAGGGAUUAAUGGAGAUGACAGGCUUGCUGUAGUCUUCCACAUACAUGCGCAGUGCCUACCUACGCCCAGGUAGAACUCUAAGAAGUUUUUAAUCCAGUUCUAGACAUCUAGAACUUCCCUGUCAUAUUAAUUUGUGCCAAAUUCUGUCGUGAUACAUACGGCUGUUGGAUGACAAGCAAUGUACAUAUUCUUUAUGCAACCCAAACGAUCGAGGGUCUGUUCCUCCACUGCCUUAAUCAUACGUCCUACGUCUGGAAAGAGUUGCCAGACCCUGUAGGCAGAAACAGCCCCAGGUACGCUCGGGCAGCGUGGCAGGUUCCGGCAUCGGAGGGGCAGGGCUUCCGCACGCCAUCCUCAGCGCGGCUUUCCUGCCAUUUUCCCCCUCCAAAAAAGGGGAGAUGCGUUGCGGUUAGGUGGCGCGCACACAUCCGAGAGCUCCCGAAUUCUUGCUGUAUGAGUGUGUGGAGGUUUUUUGUUGCGUAAGCCGGAGUAGCUCCCUCAGUGACAUCCAUUCAUCAACGAUGGUUUCUAAUGGCAGGGAACAGGUAUGUCAAGUUGCUGCCGAAGAGCAUCUUUUGUAUGGUCCAAUAUAAAAAAAAAUUAACCUUGUAAUUAGUCAUCCAGUACUUAAAAGAAUUUAGGCUCCUCCCAGCUAACAGUUUAACUCACAUAGUGCUUUUUAAAGACACUACCAUCUAGAUUUUCGCUCUGAUUAUCGACUACCGUUUAGUUUGUCAUUCUUCACAGUUUAUCAAACCUCGGCGGGUUGUAGCUCCGGGUCCCGGUACGCACCCCGGGCCUUGCACCAGCCUGGUUAGGCGGGCUCAGAGCUCCGUCUAGUGGCUGGCCUGGCCUGAGUAGGAACCCAGCACUACUUCUUGCAGCUACUAGUUGCUCUCGUAGCCCCUGUGAAAAAAAUGUGCGUGAUUUAGUCCCCACUGAUCCUGUCUCCUGGGGGAGGGAUGGUCACGGAUGACAUUGUGAGGCCUGCGUCAGAGCUGUAGUCCUAAAAUUACUAAAAAUUACAAAAUUUUAAAUGAAAGAGCCUGUUUUACUGAAUAGAAUGUUUGGAUAAAUAUAAAUAAAGUAAAUGUCAUCUAGCAUCAUGAAGUAUUGUCUACUGACUUAUGAACACAAAGUCAGUACCAAAACUAUUCCUAAUGUUAUUACAGUAUUCUACCAGUUACCUAAGGUAAAAAUAAUAAAAAAAAAAAAAAACCACAACAGUUGUGAAGUUUUUAGAAUACAUAAGUUAGUACUGAAGCAGUGCAUCAACUUGAAACAAGUGUUUGCUACGUAAACACUAACACUGCAUCUUGAAAUGUUGUUCAGCUGCCUCUCAGAAGACAACAUCCUUGCUUUAAACAAUACUAAUAGAUUGCUAAUAUAUCUGAUACUUAUUUUACACAGAGAAACAUUUAGUACGUGAUUAUAGUAAAGGAAAAAAAACACCUCACCAGCCUUUCUUUUUCUCGAGUAGGUUUUUAGGCCUCCAUCCUGCAAUCUGGCUGUACAAAAUUCCAAAGUUAAAGUGUAGAACAUUCUGCUGAAGUCUGACAACUGCACAGACCAGAGCUGCUGCCCUUCAGUGUUGUCAAUAUAUUUAUAAAUUCUCUUUCUAAACCUGAACUCGUAUCUAAAAAGAUACAGACAGUUAAUAUUGAGUUGAAGUUUAAAUCACUUUUAUUUAUAUAGUGUUGACUGCAUAAGGCUUAGGUAAGAAGCUGUUUUGCCUACAGUUUUCCCGUAGGUAACCUUAAGCUGUAGGUAUCAGUUGUCUCUAGUCACACGAUAGCCUGGAUGCUCUGUUCAGCAAAAUGUGUGUGGCCAAAGCAGCUGAAGCCUAUCUAAACCCAUCGAUAGACGCUCAUAUCACCAGCAAGUCUCAAGUAAAGCUUUGAAAUCCACUUCUAUGAGCAGGUCAGCUCCUAUAUCUGCUCAGUCCUAGGGAAGAACUCUGAAUUAGUUGAGCAAUAGGGCAAUAAGCACUUUUUUCUGCAUUUAAAUGGCCAACUCUAUAUUCCUGUAAGGCUGUGGAGACAUAUCAGUGCUUCUAGGGACACCGAUGCUCAGAAAUCUACUGCAGCCUCUAUUCCACCAAGUUCAUCAAAUGAAUAAUCAGUUAUAAUGCAGGACUGUCGAACACUGCUCUCCAGGCAUUCCUGCACUGCAUUCACUGCCAAAGUCCACAGGUGAUUUUUAAACUUUCUCCUGGUAAGAAAAACUUAGUGAUGCUAAAAAGGUGAUUCAUUUGGAAAAAAGUUCUUUGGAGCUCGUUCCAGUCUGUACUGACUCUCCACUGCUCUUUGGUACACGGCUCUGUAUGCAUAAGCUAGGUACAAAACGUCAGCAGUGCUCAGCAGUGCUGGAUUUACAAAUGAAGUCAAUUUUUAUGCAGUUCAAACCCAUCUACCUUUAACAUGGCAAACUGCAACGAUCGCGUCGCUGCUGACUACAAAGUUAACAGGAGAAGCCCCUGGAAAAACAACUUUAAAACCCGUGAGGUGUGAAUACUACACUGAGCGACUGUAAAACCGCUUCUACCCGGUGUGUUUGGAACUGGUCUCGAAGAAACAGUCGAGGCCGACUCAUUAUGAAAAUGAACCGCACGUUCAGAACGCUGCAAGGGCAGGUCAGAGCUUUAUUAACAAAAAUCCCACACGACACUCAAGAUAACGAACCCGCAGUGUUGAAGCAAUCCAUCUCGGUUAGCGACAGCUUCCAUUCAGUACAACACGGCUGUGUUAUCCGAGAUAAGAGCCUCUUCAGGCUUGUUUGUAACGUUUUUUUCACUCAAAGCCAGAAGUGGUUUUACGAUUUUAUCUCUAUCGCAAGCUCAGGGGAGACUGCGCUUUACUCUGAGGCGGAGGACCGCCGCAGGCAAAGCAGUGCUGAGGAGCGGCUGGGAUGUCGGGCCGAGCCCCAUCCCGGUCGGGAUGGACGCGACGCCCACACACCGUCGUCUCUCCCGAUGUCCAAAAAAGCUCAUUGGGAUUAACGUGGCCUGGAAAACGAACGUGCUGCGCAGCAACGGUCAGAAGGCCAGAGGUGAAGGGAGCUCAGGUAUAGAAACCAUCUCGAGAGAGGUCACUUGGGGUCAGCUUUGUCUUUUUAAGUCCUUCUUUGAUAGGAGGAAACUAAGUCCCAGAGUCCCAUCAGGGCAGGUGAGACGAGCGACACUGAGCACGGACACUACUUCCCACUACGAGGUGCAGGCCGGUACGGCCUUUAGCCAGGAAUCACCUAACAGCAGCAUUUCAGGGACAAUACUUUCUUCAGUCCUGUGAAAGAAAGUGGCUUUGUGAUUUUUAGAAACCCAAUAUAUAAAUAGAGGGGGGGAUGGGCUUGGGUAUGGUUUACAGUUUGAGGUUUCUUUCACAAUCUGAGGUUUCUUUAAAAUGUGGACUCAACUACACAUGAAAAAACUCACCGCCAAACCCAACCACCUGCUCAGCUUCAUCUUACCUUUGUUUUCUUUCCUUCCUGUAUGGAGUUCUUGCAUUUGGAUAUGGUUUACAGCUUAAUAUGCAAAACACAGGAACAGCAUUAAAACCUGAGAAGCUUCAUUUAACGGAGACUGUAGAAAGCUUUACAUCUUUCCCUGCCACCUCUAUCUUAGGCAAACUGUAAAGUACGUAAUGAAUGACCAAAAUGGAACACGCUACUCAGACAAAAACAGAGGGGAAUAAAAAUUUUAAAAUACAGAGCAAAGCUCUGCCUCCCAACCUCCUUCAACGUGAGCGACAGACACACAUCAGGAGUUCAGCGUCACACUGCUUGGCUAACCUUCAGUUUUUAGUUUAAAUUUAAAAAAAAAUAUUAUAAAGUUACAUUAUUUAUUGUGCAUCGAGGCAUUCAUGAGUUAGUUGCUGUGAACUUGCACUGAAAUGUUUUAGUAGUAAUUAGAAAAUGUAAGACAAAACUUAGGAAAAUAUUCCAAGCCAUCUACGUCCUGUUAAUACUGAACUGAUCAUAGAGUAACGCCCCUAAAUUUGCAGCACGUUCUGUUUCGUGGUUUACUUUGAACUUGUUGGUUCUACAACGCACACACAAUGUUUGAGCAUUCUGACUUUUUAACUCUUCUGAAAUAACGUACAGGCAACACAGGCUCAGAAGUUUCCAUCACGAACCCCUUUUGCUACUUCUACUCAGCAGUAGUUUCCAAACAUCUUUGACCAACGGAUUGUUAUUAGGCUUUUCAAGACAGAAAGCCCCACAAUUUUAAUAUCAAAAUCACAAAUGCUUGCAAUUUGGAUUCAAUACAGCUUUCUGAACCACUUACCUGCACGAGAAAAAGAAUCUUAGGAUUUGGAAAAAUCUUGGCCUGUGGUUUAGGCUUCGGUUUUAGUACAAUAUUGUAGGCAGAUGCAAUAACAUUUGGGCUUUUUUUAACCUUUUGCAUGGCUGCUCACACUACAGACUUUCCUGAUAUUUGCUUUUAGCAGGAACAUUAGCGUAGUUAUGAAUUUUUAUGAUCUUUUAAGCAAUAAUAAGGUCAGACUCAAAUACAAACCAGAUUUGGAAAUGAGGUUUUUUUAAAAAGCAGGAGCAGGAAUAUUUCACAAUGUAAAUUUCUUGCAGAAUUGAUGUCACUUCAGAUUACAAUUUCAGGUGGCAUAAACAGAUCACUGUGUAUAAACCUACAUUUGUGAAAGCAAAAGCCUUGUAAUCUAUGAUCAGUGUUAUCAUUCUGGGGCACAAAUAUAAAAAAUACCUUGCUUGGUGACAGUUGCUUUUUUAUUGAGGUCCUGCACAACCAUUUCUCUGUGAUACUCGUUUCUAAUUCUCUCAACAGGAGCACUGUCUGCUUUAUCUAUCCAGUUUCUGAAGACUGCGUAGUGUUUCAUAAUUACUUUUUUUUUUUUUUGAAAAAGCAAUACAAACUGUGCUGUAGUAUCAGUGUUCUUGUGACAAAUAAUUUAUUUCUAAACAUUUAACAUGGCAGGCUUAUAAAAAAAAAACUGAGGGUUUUUGGUUUUUUUUUUUUUUUUUAAGCUGUAUAAACAAUCAAAGGACAAGUCAAACAUUUCUCACAGAGCUCUCAGGAUCUGACCACAGUACAACAAUCAAAUAACAGAUCCUAACACCAUAGGAACAGCUGUCGUUUUAUCUCUGUUUCUCAAAAUACAAUAGCAUUCUUCCCUCAGUUAUGCAAUACUGUAUCUUUAGCUAUUUAACAAAAAAAAAUCUAUUUUUGAAAAACUCUCACCUUCUUAACACAGAACAUUCUUAGAAUACUGACACCUGAAAUACUUGCCUAGAGAGUAUUCUCCCCAAGACUUAAUUUUUAUAUCUAAAAAAAUAACACGUCCUAUAAUUCCAUCAAGAUACCCUGUGCAGCUGUUGAAAAAGAUAGCAAAAUUCAAUACGGACCAUAAUCACAAUGUAACAAAAAAUGUGGUGAAACCUCAAAGUUGGUACUAGAGGUUUCUGCACCUCUUCUAAUUUGUCUCUAAGAGACUACCUGAAAGACAGCCAAAUGUAAAUACAUCAGAACAUCUUAGCAGUAGUACAAAUAAGGUGGCAGUGCUCUGUCAUUCUAGAUGUACAGGAUGUAACUAUAGUAUCUUCACUGUGUAGUGGAUGUGUCAAGAAUAAUUAUGUUCAUGCAAUUGCAAAUUCUGUAUUGUUGUCUAUUAGAAGUGUAAACUACUGAAAACAUGGCCUUGCUGAUAUGAAUAAAGUGAUUAAAAUACCCAUCUUUACAGA